AUGUUUCCUAAAUCUUGUGAUGAAUUUUUUCAAUGUCGUCUCUUCAAAAAAAAGUUCCUAGGAACCUCAACGAGAUUUUUAUAUAUUUUUAUGGAUAAAGUUGUUGUGAAUAAGGUAAGAUAGAGAUUAAUUUUCUUCCAAGGAAUCUAAUCGUAAGAGAACAGAUCGUGUUUUUAAUGUAGAAAAUACUAACAGAAUAGUAUGGAAAUAUACGACAGAAUAGCCAAUAAAGUUAAAAGGACUAACAUUUGACAAUGGUAAUGUUUAAUAGGACUACUAUGGAGAAGAUGAUGUACUUCGUGAAUUAAAAAAACAUAUCUCAAAGUUAUUCUUUUAAGCUAAAGUACAAGAAGAAUAUUUAGCUUUAUAAGUAAUUGGAUAAGGAAAUUAUGCUUUAGUAUAAAUCAAACUCAUUUAUAUAUAGGUUCUUGAAUUAUAACAUUUACACUCUAAUCAAAAGUUUGCUUCAAAAUGCAUAGAUAAGAAAAAACUUUAGACAAUUGAAUAAGGAAUGGUAAUAAAUUUGUUUAUUUUAAAUAGGAAUCAGUGUUGAAUGAAAUCUCAAUAAUGAGAAUUUUAAGUCCACAUGAAUAACUCAUAAAUUUGAUUGAAGUUUAUGAAGGAGAUAAUAACAUAUAUUUGAUAAUGGACUUAGCUUAAGGAGGAAGUUUAUAUAAGGAAAUGAAAAAUAAGUUGACUCUUUAUAGUAGAAAAGAAGUCUAAAAAGUAAAUAUUAUAAUUUAAAUUAAAGAUAAUGUAUUAAAUAUUAUCUGGAUUAAAAUAUAUUCAUUCUAAAGGAAUUAUGCAUAGAGAUCUUAAACCAGAAAAUAUUCUCUUCAAAGAUAAGGGGAAUAUCGGUUCUUUAACUAUUGCUGAUUUUGGUUUAUCAGUCAAAGUAGACUCUUAUCCUUAUCUUUAUCCUAAAUGUGGUACUCCUGGGUUUGUUGCACCUGAAAUAGUUAAUAUGAUAGAUAAAACCUAAUCAUAUUCUACAGCUUGUGAUAUAUUUUCUGCUGGUGUUAUUUUUCAUAUCUUACUUUUGGGAGAAGGUUUAUUUGUUGGUAAUGGACAUCAAGAAAUAUUAAGAAUGAACAAAUAGUUCUAGGUUGAUUUUGGAAGAAAUAAAUACUAAUAAUUAGAUUCUGAUGCCAGAGAUUUAUUGUAAACUUAAAUACUAUUUUUAGGUUUAAAAUGAUAGCUUAGGAUCCAGAAAAUAGGUAUACAGCAGCCUAAUCUAUUAUUCAUCCCUUUUUUUAAAAUGAAAUGGCUCCCUAAUUUUAAAUUAAAAUUUAAGAUUCUCCAACCAAAGCUUCUUUUGAUCACUAUUUAGACACAUAUAAUAGUCCUGAUCAAAAGUUAAUGAACAAGGAUCGUAAAAAUUUAUCAAUUGUUACUCGAACUCCAAUCUAUGCUCCUAAGGCUAGUACACCUGAAAUACCUUAAUAAAAAUCCAUCAUGGAAGAACUAAGUCCACUCAGUUCAUUUUCUUUAGAUUAGCAACGUAAUGAAACAAAUAAAGAAGAUUAAUUCUAAUUUGAUAUUACUAAGUGA